GAAAUGGCUUAUAGAAAAGAUGAUGAUUAUGAUUACCUUUUCAAGGUAGUAUUGAUAGGUGAUUCUGGGGUGGGAAAGUCAAACCUCCUCUCACGAUUCACUCGUAACGAGUUUAGCCUCGACUCAAAGGCCACCAUUGGUGUUGAAUUUGCCACACGAAGCAUUCAAGUCAAUGAAAAGGUUGUCAAAGCUCAGAUAUGGGACACUGCAGGCCAAGAAAGAUAUCGAGCAAUCACAAGUGCUUAUUAUCGAGGAGCGGUCGGUGCACUCGUGGUAUAUGACAUAACUCGCAAUGUGACAUUUGAUAAUAUUGAAAGAUGGUUGAAGGAACUAAGGGAGCACACUGAUUCUAGUAUUGUAAUCAUGCUUGUCGGGAAUAAGGCAGAUGUUAGACAUCUUAGGGCUGUUAACACUGAGGAUGCCACCAAUUUUGCUGAGAAGGAGAAUAUUUUUUUCACGGAGACAUCUGCUUUAGAAUCAACAAAUGUAGAGCAAGCAUUCAUUGAGGUUCUCAACCAAAUCUAUCAAGUUGUCAGCAAGAAGGCCCUCGAGGCAGCGUCUCAUUCAACAUCUUUGCCCAAGGGGCAAACAAUCAGUAUGAGCAGCAACGAUGUUUCUGCUAUCAAAGGAGGUGGUUGUUGUUCAUCUUAG